GGGAGACGGUUUGUUUUCCCCUCCCCCUCUCCAAUGGCGGUGCUAGUGAUGAUGGCGAUGGGGAUCAGGAGAAACGGCCGGGCCUGGCUCCGUGCGGGCCGAGGGAGAGGCUAGAACCGUGCUGUACGACAGACAGACUCAGUCCGGCGAAGGAGCAUCUCAAAAAGCUAGCUGAACUCAACCAGUGUUGAACCUUCAUGCAAAGCUGAACUCAACCAGUGUUGAACCUUCACGCAAAACUGAACUCAACUAGUAAUGAACUACAAGGCAAAGUGUUGAGGAGUCCGAGUGGAUGUCUUCAUGGAUAUUGUUGAUAUAUUUAACCCCUUGCUAGCCACCGACCACUUGGAUGACACUCUGAUUUUAGAGCCAGACUUAGAAAGUGAAGUUUGUGAUUGUGACACAGAACCAGACAUCCUGGGAGGUUCUUUAAGAAACAUGCUGAGUGACAAAGAUCCUAUGCUAGGAUCUGCUAGUGUACAGUUCAGCCUGCCCUUUUCAGAUAAUGAAGAUGGCAACUUUCAGCUAACAUGCUCAACAGUUGCUGAACUUGAAUUCGCUGAUGAAAGCAAUAUAAAGGAAAGUGACCUUGAUACUAUGGAGGAAGAAGAUUUGUCAGAAUUAUCUAACAGAAAAAGUAAGGGUAAAUCUCAAAAAUCAGCUGUGCAGUUACCUCGAAAAUCUCCCCGUUUGUUGGCCCAGGAACCAAUUCGAAGUCUGCGCAACAGUACCUUAGCCAAGCGACCCAAUCCAGCAAACGUAGCUCUUGCAAAAAGGAAAGAGCAGGUAAAAUAUGUCUCAGCUGGCGCAGGUUCAACAAAGCUGCCAGAUCGGCAUGAAAAACAAAGCCCGCAAAAACUUGGAGGAAAAAGUAAACUACAGCAGCAGAGUAUACCAGCAAGUCCACAAAGUACUGCGGAAACUCCUUGUGAUACUGUACAGUCUGAACCUGCAAAUUCAAACAACCCUGAACUGAGAUUGGAAACUUGCGUUACACCCAAAACUACACUUGAAGUAUUUUGUGGAAACAAUAACCAUAAUGUGGUAGAAUCAUUGGGACAGAAAGCAGUUGAGACUGCAUCAGAGCCACAGUGCUCUAGAGUGCCAUCAAUUGCUUUAGGGACAGAAAAAAACCCUCCAAAUGCAAUAACAGAGAAUACAAACGAUAACAGUUGUGCAGAGGCACGGCCAGUUGCAUCAGUCAACUUAAAGGACAAACAAGCUGUGAAGAAGAAAGCAGAGAAAGGAGCAUCAAAUAGUGCACCAGCUCCAACCAGCCCUUCUGCACCUCAGCCUACUGUGGAGCAAAUUAGACAGAAUGUCCGGCAUUCUCUAAUGGAUAUUUUAGCAAAAAGGCUCUCUGAAUCGGAUUUGAAAGUUCCAGAGGAGCGAGCAACCAAGGUUGCAGCCAGGAUUGAAAGAAAACUAUUUUCUUUUUAUGGGGACACUGAUACUAAAUAUAAAAGCAAAUACAGAAGUUUGAUGUUUAACCUCAAAGAUCCAAAAAAUCAAGUCUUAUUCAAGCGAGUCUUAAAAGGUGACAUUGUACCUGAUCAUUUAAUUCGUAUGAGUCCAGAAGAACUCGCAUCCAAGGAAUUAGCAGCAUGGAGACAAAGAGAGAAUAGACAUAUGAUUGAAAUGAUAGAAAAGGAACAAAGGGAGGUUGAAAGACGACCAAUUACAAAAAUAACUCACAAAGGAGAAAUAGAAAUUGAAAGUGAAACACCAAUAAAUGAAUCUGAGACAGUAAUUGUAGAGGGUGCUGAACUAAAAGCUAUAGAGCCAAAAUCUGUCAUUGAGAAAUGGGAAGAGACUGAAGAAGAACCAUCAACAGAGACUACAGAAGACACUACUUGUCAGCACAAGAAACACCUCUUUGAUUUGAAUUGCAAAAUUUGCACAGGUCGAAUGGCUCCACCCACCGAGGAACUACCUCUGCCAAAAGCCAAAGUGGCAACAAGUGUGAUGCGACGCCAGUCAGAUGUUGAUGCUGAAAUGGCUUUUUUGGCCGAUGCUCUUUCCUCUGCUUCUAGCAUUCUGUCCUUUGAUGCAACAAUGGAAGAGAGACUUGAAUUACCACAGCCGGCAAACUCCUCUGUGACAAGGUCAGAUGCAUAUGAUAUCACAGAAGGUGAAUCAAGAUUUCUAGCUCGACUAGAUUCUCUCUGGAAGGGAUUUAUCAACAUGCCCAGUGUGGCAAAAUUUGUUACCAAAGCCUAUCCAGUCUCUGGCUCAGCAGAUCACUUAACAGAGGAUUUACCAGAUACCAUACAAGUUGGAGGUAGGAUUCCUCCUCAAAUGGUUUGGGAUUACGUGGACAAGAUAAAAGCUUCAGGAACUAAGGAGAUAUGUGUGAUUCGUUUUUGUCCAGUAACUGAGGAAGAUCAGAUAACUUAUACCUCACUGUAUGCAUACUUCAACAGCAGGCAACGUUAUGGGGUGGUAGCCAACAAUGUGAAGCAAGUUAAGGACAUGUAUCUUAUUCCUUUGGGUGGCUCGGAAAAAAUUCCUUACCGGCUGUUACCAUUUGAUGGACCUGGACUUGAAGUAGUGCGCCAGAAUCUCCUCCUCGGGUUAAUAAUUCGACAAAGAAUAAAGAGGUUAUUUAGUGCUUCACCUUCUGAAGAGGUUUCUGAAACCGAGAAAAUACCUAGUAGUUUACCUCAAGACAAGAAAAUCAAACCAGAGUAUGUGGAAGAUGAAGGUGAAAAUGACGACGACGAUGAUGAAGAAAAUCAGUUCUUUAAUUCCUUCACUUCAGUUUUGCCUAAAUUUAGAAAUAAACCCAAACAGUCAUCACCUGUUGACCCUCAGAUUUUGAAAACACCUCCUUCAUCACCAGCAGAGCCUAUUCCUAUCCUAUCUACAAAGCCAUUACGAUUCCUGCCUGGAGUUUUAGUCGGCUGGGAAAACCAAUCCACAUCUCUUGAAUUAUCCAACAGACCACUGGAUGAUAUUCUUCAAAGUUUGUUGGGAGAUGCAGAGAAGGAAACUGAAGAAAACUCUGUCUCCACCAGUGAACCUGGACCAGGGGAGCCUCCAGCUAGUAAAGAUUUUAAAACGUCACAACCUGAAGAAACAAUUGACAAUCAAGAACAUACUAAAGAUUCCUCUGUACAUAAUCCCCCAGAGGAAAAUGAGAAAACAGAUAAUGUCCCGGAUGAGGUCACAGUUGUUGAAACUUCAAAGACAAUUGGGUUCCUUACAACUCUCACACUAAAAGACAAGCCACCGGAUGUUUCAACUGAAGCAUUUCUUUCAAGUCUUGCAACUUUAAAAUCACAGCCAAAUCACAAAGAAGAGCAUGAAAAAUUACGGCAUCAUUAUAAGGUAAAGAAGGUGAAAAUCGAAAACUCCAGAGAGCAAAAAGAAGCUUCAGAUAGUUCACCAUCUCAGCCUGGGACCCACAAGAUUGAGGUUUCUUCACUUGAACCUAUUACAAAUACUGAAGAAGUGGAUUCUACACCAGAAGUUCUUGCAAGAGUCUCACAGGUUGUCAACGUAAGUAGAGACCCGAGACAAGCCGCUGUUCGGAAACAACAGGGUUUUGCAACAAGCAAGUCUGUGGAAGACAAUGCAGAAGAACAAUACAUGGAUAACAGAAAAGAUAAAAGUGACGAAGGUGUUAUAAACAUAAAGGACGCAGAGGAAGUUGAUAAGAAAGCCUUAGAUACAGAACAAGAUGAAAUAACCACGAAGCAAAUUCCUACAGAUCUAAUUAGUACAGUACAUCAGCAAUCCAGUAAAGUGGUGCAAGGAACAAUACCUUGUAUUGCAGAAGUUUCUCAACCAGUCUUUCACAAUAUCUCAAAAUCAGUACCAGAAACAGAACCGACAGAUUAUUCGCAUGAAGAAGAAUCUCAUGCCGAAACAGAAAUGGUAGAAACUCACAGUAUUGAGACUGUCCAGUCAAUUCGCAGAGAAACUACCCCAUUGCCUUCUUUCCAUGGUCCACGUCCUAGUUCACAUUUUGAAUUUUCUUCAAAUACUUUACCUACGCAGAAUCAAACUCAGUCAGUAGUGUCUACAUCAUUGCCCAGUGGCAGCUCUUCAGGUAGCCCAGUACCGAGUGGAAAUGUAUUUCCUCCUCCAUUACCACAGCUGCACAACUUUUCCCAAGUUCAAGGUCACUCUCCUGGUUUUCCAUUUCAACGUGGUCCGCCUAAUGCAAAUUUUCAACCACCAGGUAAUUUGAUGCCUUCAUUCAUGCCAAUCCGCCCCCCACCACUUCCUCCACCACCUUUUAGCCUUCAAAAUGACCCCCAUUUGAGGUUCCGUUCCCCUGAUCUUGGUGGAACCCAUGCCUUAGUCCCAAACCACAUGAUGCCUUGGCUACCAGCAAUUACCUGUCCUCCACAACACUUGGGUCUUAUACAUCAUGCACAUGGCCAAGUAAUUCCACCUUUUACCUCUGACCACCCAAUUGAUGUGAACAGAUAUGCACCAAAUUCGGGAAUGUCAAAUUUUCAACCUAUCAAAGAUGAUCAUAGAAAAGAAAGGCAUCAUUGUGAUCUUUGGGAUAGAUAUAGCCAACGUUCUGAACAUAACUUUAGUAAGGAGCAUGACACUCAUCACAAACAUAGAUUUUAUAGUGAUUCUUAUCAUCGAAGAAAAGAUCGAUACAAAGAAAGGGAGAGGGAUAAAUACUGGGACCGAGACUCAGAACGAAGCAAGGACAAAUAUAAAGACAGAGAUCAUGAUAAAGGGAGAGACAGAGAGAAAAGAAGUCGCCAUGAAGACAGGCAUAGGGACAAAGAUCGGGACCGAUAUCGGGAAAGAGCGAGGAGUCAUGAUCGUGCAGACUCCAGAAGGGAACGAAGCAAAGAAAGAGAGAGGAGCCAUGAUGGUGUGGACUCCAGAAAAAAACGAAGCAGAGAAAGAGAGAGGAGCCAUGACCGAGUGGACUCGAGAAGAGAACGAAGCAGAGAGAGGAGCCACGAUCGGGCGGACUCUAGAAGAGAACGAAGCAGAGAAAGAGAGAGGAGCCACGACCGGGCGGACUCGAGAAGAGAACGAAGCAAAGAAAGAGAGAGGAGCUAUGACCGGGCGGACUCGAGAAGAGAACGAAGCAGAGAAAGAGAGAGGAGCUAUGACCGGGUGGACUCGAGAAGGGAACGAAGCAAAGAGACAGAAAAGGGUAUAUCUAAAAAUGAAGACCCUGAGAUUGACAAAGAUGGAGGCUGUGGAAGAUGUGAGGAAAAGCAAAGCGAAGAAGUCCAGGAAAGAGAAAAAAAUGCAGACUGGGAUAAAGACCAUGAUAAAAGGGACCAUAGUGACAGAAGCAAGAGGAGCAAGAAUUCUCCAGAGUGUACUACUGACUAACACGUCAGAUUUGAACCAAAAAUGUCGAUCUGUGAACUUUGUCCUGAUAAUUUGAAACAGAAAUAAGUGGUAUAUCUGUACUCGUCAACUAGGAUGCCAGUUCAUGUUGCAAUGUUAUGAUGACAUGAUUUCACUUGUGUGUUUUCUUGUACAACAUACAGUAUUUACAACCAUGUCUUGCUGCUCUUAAAUACUAAUUAACAAAACAAGAAGCUGGUAGAAACUUUUUAAAGUAGUUUUAUUACUUCUGAUUAUUAGCUAAACAGAUGGUUCUAGCAUGAGCUAUUACACAUGUCAAAAUUAAAAAAAAAAAAGUUGAAAAACCACAGCUCUUGCUGUUUCUGUUGUAUGGAUUCUUUCCUAAAAUAAUGCACGCUUUGUAGGCAAUUUGCAGUGGCACACACUUAUGAAUAAUUAUACAAAGAUAUCAUGUUCUUCUUCAAACCAGUUGUGGUUGUACAUUUAUGAGGUUUUAUGUUGCACUUCUAUUUCAAUCUAUUAAUUCCAGUUGCAAGUUGGCUGUUAACUACUGCACUGUUUUGAUGCUUAAACAGGCAAUCACUACAAUGUAAGUGUUGUAUUAAAGUUUUAGAUAAAGAGUGCAUUAAGAAUAAACUAUACAUCCAACUCUAUUUUGUAAAAUUGUCACCUUGUUACUUGGCUAUUAUCUUUGUUGCUUCAACAUUGUAGACUAUUGCUUGUAUACUACCCUUUUCGUUAUUCUUCUUCAAUCUUUUUACUGAUGAAUCUGUGUAAAUAUUUUAAAUGAUGUUUUCAUUGUAAAUGAUUAUAAAAAUGGAUUUUCUUCA